UGUCGCCCCCCCUCUUGUUCAUGUAAACAGAUUACUUUGCUGGUUUUCCCUGUUCAGUUAAAUAUCUCUCACGGUUUUAAUAUCACCGUAGUAACAAUGAAAAAGUUUUUCGAAGACAUUAAAAAGGAUAUCAAAUUUAAAUCCGCUGGUCCAGGAAAGAAGCUCACUGAUGAGAGCAGCGCUAAGCCUCCAGCAGGGCAGACCGUUAAUCAGGCCAAGCCUCGUUCUGCACCUAAUGAGAGCACACAGAGAGCUGGAGCUGCCGCGCUGGCCAGGAUCGAGCAGCACCACAAACCCCGACCACACACGUCACAGGAUGCCAUCAGAAACCAGGUGAAGAGGGAGCUUGAGGCGGAGGCUGCAGCCACAGCAGUAGAACAUAAAAGCACAGAUGUAGAGGGUUCCCAUGUUCCAGUGAAGGAGGCCACUUGUUUUUCCGUGUCCGGAGUAUACUUCACCUGCCCUCUGACUGGGGAAAUGUUAAAGAAGAGCGAGAGAGAGACACACGUCAAGGAGGCCAUUCUUAUGAGAUUUUCCGAGAAUCCAGUGGAGGCUUCUAUUAUGAUGAUUCACACUUUCAACAAGGACAGAGAGAAAGUGAAAGGUGCCAUCGACAUCAUCAGCAAAUACAUUGAUAAUAUCAGUAACAAUGCAACAGAAGAGAAGUACAGGAGGAUUAAAGUCAAGAACAAAGUCUUCCAGGAGAAGGUGAGUGUGAUCGAGGGCACUCGGGAAUUCCUGCAGGCUCUGGGUUUUGAGAGCACUAUGCUGCCAGUGGAUGGGCAAGAGGACACAGAAGAGUUCUUGGUGUUGGCUGAGCAGGAUGCUGCAGCUCUGGAGCAAAUGAAGGAAAAGAAAGAGCAGCUGCAAAAGGGAGAACCCAUCCGAGCCAAGCUCAACCGGCAGGCACAGGCCUUUAGACCUUCACAGCAUGCAACACGCUUUGAGCUGCCACCGGACUUUUACAACCUGACUCCGGAGGAGCUGAAACGAGAGCAGCAGCUCAAAAGCGACUUAGUUGAAAGAAAUGCCAUGCUGCGAACAAAAGCCAUGCGGGAAAAAGACGAGCAAAGGGAGAGAAGGAAAUAUAACUAUGCCCUACUGAGAGUUCGGUUACCGGAUGGAAAUAUACUGCAGGGGACUUUCUCUGCAUGGGAAAAGGUAGCAGUGUUGUACCAGUUUGUGCGUGACUCCCUGGAGAACGGCUGGCAGCCCUUCGAGCUCAUGGCACCAGGAAACCAGAAACUCAAGGAAGAUGAGGACAUGGCAAUAAAUGAAUGCAACCUUGCUCCGGCAGCUCUCUUGACCUUCUCCUGGGACGCUGCAGUGCAAGCGGACAUUGCCGCAGCUGGAGGGCAGAGCAACUCCGUGCUGAAGCCGGAACUACUAAAAAACUUGCAGACCCUGAGCUGAACAUCUACUGUAGCUUUACUGUAAUCUGCUCACCCUGCCCAUGCCUCCUGUUUUCACUCUGUUGUUCUAGCGGUUGUCUUUUUCUGCUGGAGUGCACACCACCCCGUGUUCACUCUAUUAUCAGAAUGCUGAUAGUGUUACAGGAUUAGAGCGUUUGUGUUGUGGCAGUGCAGGAUCAGCAACGGCUCAUUUGGUCAGAAGAGCUAACAUGACUGAGCAAAAUGUUCAUCCUAUUCAAUUCACAGUGAUCAUUUGAAAUUAAAUUUUGUGAUGUAGUUUUCCAUGUUGUAAUAUCCUAAGGAAUGAAAAUUUUUGUUGCACUGUGAUGCUGUUAAUAUUAGUCACUGUCCAUUACAAAUUAUCUUCUAUAAGAGAUAAUACUCACACUUGACUUUAUUUGCAACACACCUGCACAUUCAUGCAGUUUUCUAAGCAGCUAAUCAUGUUAGCAGCACAAUUUUAAAAAUCAUCCAGCUUCUGUUAAUGUUUGAUUUACAUCAGACAAAAUAGGGAUGUGUAAUCCUAGUGUCUUUAACCCUGGCAUGGUUGCAACAGUCCUUAAUGUUUAUGCAGAAUCGUGGCCAAAAACCAGACACAAUCGUUUAGCAAUUUUCCUCCAAAGUUUAAAUGACCUACCAAAAAGUUUAACAUGACCCAUAUAAUUAAUCUUUAUCAUCACGGUGACCAGAAACACAGGUAGACUGGCACUCAAGAACUGGAGCAACUGAGGGGACAGAGUCCCCAAAACAACUACGGAUUAGGAAAUAAAAAGUUUUUCUAGUCUCUACCAGUUCAGUUUGGGUGAGUCUAUGCCCUCAGACUAGUGUUAGUGGCUGACAGGAGUAGAAACUGAUGUGGGAGAUGCUCCUCUGCUCACAAUGAUAUGUUUUUUGUUUCCAUAUAUUCAGUUAGCUCAGCCCUGUCUGGUCAUCAUCUUCUGUUCUCGCUCAGCUACAAGGUGUUUUUUAGCCUGCAAAUGCUUAACACAUCGUAUCCAUUGUUUUUUUUUUUUUUCCUUUACACCAUUUUGUGUAAAAUCUAGAUGCUGUUGUGGGUGAAAUUCCCAAGACCAUCAGCAGCAUCUCAAAUCAUUAUGUCCCCGAGUGGUUUGAGCACCAACCAUUAUGGCAUAGUUAAAGUCAGAGAUCAUACUUUUUCCACAUUUCGAUGUGAACAUGCACUGAAGAUUUUGACCUGACGCGACACGAUUGAUUAGAUAAUUGCACGAAUGUCCAGUUGUUCCUAGUGCAUUGCACAGUGAGUACAUAUCUAAGCUUUACUACAGAGGGACCCAUAAAAAGUACACACUUCUACAGUUAUCUAUGCUCUUUUAUAAAACUUGAAUUGAGCUAUGGCAGCAAUGUCUAGUAUUACAUUUCCUCUAAAGAAGUUAGUAGUAGCACCAUAGUUGAUGCCAUCGUACGACAUUGUUCUUUUUUUUGUGCAUAUAUUUUUCAAUGUUGACAUGUGCAUACAUUUUUCUGGGUGCCUCUGUAUUUUGAACUAGUUAAUCACAUGGAAAAGAUUAAAGCACUUUUUUAGCCUACUUUAUUUUUUUAAAAAGGUCUACAGCAUCCUUCUUUUGAUUAGGAAUAAUUGCACCUUUUUUUUUUUUUUUUUUUAAAGAUGUCUAAAGAGUUCACAGUCAACAUAAAGGAAAACCUUCAUAAACAUUGUAAUCUGUUCAGACUCUUUCCAGAAGACAGGACAACAGCCUACCUCCAUCAUAACCAGUAAACCAUUUUGUGAGAGAUCCCUGAACACUAGAACAUAAACUGCUUGCAUAAUUAGUCAGUAAUGCAUCUGUCUCUGCUUUCCAACUGCACUAUGAAAUGUGUUUUAUUUCUAUUAAAAUAUGAUAAUGUGAUGGAUAGAACAAUGCCAUGUUAAUUUUUACAUGCUACAACUGCAUUGCCCUGUGUUGGUCUGCCUAAUUAAAUCUACCAUUAAAUUGAAUCUAUAAUAAAGUUUAAAAUAUAAUAAAGUUAUCAUUGGCAAAGAUAA